AUGGCCAGGAAGCAUCUGUGUAACGGGGGCUCUGUCACUGAACUCGUCAAAGGCCUCCUGAGAUGUGGCCAGAGGCUGGAUGAAGCUGUGAUCUCCUACAUUCUGCACGGAGCCCUCUUGGGCCUUCAACAUUUACACCACCAUCGAAUCAUCCACCGAGACGUGAAGGGCAAUAACGUUCUCCUGACAGCAGAAGGAGGAGUUAAGCUCGUUGACUUUGGUGUCUCUGCUCAACUUACCAGCACACGCCUUCGGAGAAACACAUCAGUUGGGACCCCAUUCUGGAUGGCUCCUGAGGUCAUUGCUUGUGAGCAGCAGUAUGAUUCAUCCUAUGACGCUCGUUGUGACGUCUGGUCUUUGGGCAUCACAGCCAUUGAGCUGGGCGAUGGAGACCCUCCCCUGUUUGAAAUGCAUCCUGUGAAAAUGCUCUUUAAGAUCCCAAGAAAUCCCCCACCCACUUUGCUGCACCCAGAAGAAUGGUGUGAGGAAUUUAACCACUUCAUUUCACAGUGUCUUAUUAAAGAUUUUGAAAAGCGGCCUUCAGUCACCCAUCUCCUGGACCACCCAUUCAUUAAAGGAACUCAAGGCAAGGUUUUGUUCCUGCAAAAACAGCUGGCCAAGGUGCUCCAUGACCAGAAGCGCCUGAACCCUGUUGCUAAAACCAGGCAUGAAAGGAUGCAUACCAGAAGACCCUGUCAAGUGGAGGAUGCUGACAAAUCCUGCCUUGAGGGUGACUUGGUCAACCUCGAGGUCCUGGAUGAGGAUACAGUUAUCUACUGGCUGCAGAAGCGGUAUGCAGAUGCGUUGAUCUACACCUAUGUUGGAGAUAUUCUAAUUGCCUUAAACCCCUUCCAGACUCUAAGCAUAUACUCCCCACAGUUUUCCAGGCUCUAUCAUGGGGUGAAGCGAGACUCGAAUCCCCCCCACAUAUUUGCAUCAGCUGAUAACGCAUAUCAGUGUUUGGUGACUUCCAGCAAAGACCAGUGCAUCGUCAUCAGUGGAGAGAGCGGAUCAGGGAAGACAGAGAGUACCCAUCUCAUCGUUCAGCACCUGACUUUCUUGGGAAAGGCCAAUAAUCAGACCUUACGUCAGAAAAUUCUCCAAGUGAACUCCUUGGUGGAAGCCUUUGGGAACGCCUGCACAGCCAUCAAUGAUAACUCCAGCCGGUUUGGAAAGUACUUGGAAAUGAUGUUCACACCAACUGGAGCUGUGAUGGGGGCAAGAAUCUCCGAGUAUCUCCUUGAAAAAUCCAGAGUUAUAAAGCAGGCAGCGGGAGAGAAAAAUUUUCACAUAUUUUACUAUAUUUAUGCUGGUCUUUAUCACCAAAAGAAACUUUCUGAGUUCAGACUUCCUGAGGAAAAGCCUCCGAGAUACAUAGCUUCCGCCGGAACUGAAAGAGUCAUGCAGGACAUCACUUCCAAGGAGUCUUACCGGAGACAGUUUGAAGCCAUUCAGCAUUGCUUCAGGAUUAUUGGAUUCACUAACAAGGAGGUGCAUUCUGUGUACAGAAUUCUGGCUGGGAUUUUGAAUAUUGGGAACAUUGAGUUUGCGGCCAUUUCCUCCCAACACCAAACUGAUAAAAGUGAGGUGCCCAAUGCCGAAGCUUUGAAAAAUGCUGCCUGUGUACUCUGCAUCAGCCCCGAAGAGCUCCAAGAGGCCCUCACGUCCCACUGUGUGGUCACCCGAGGCGAGACCAUUGUCAGAGCCAACACGGUGGACAGGGCUGCAGACGUCAGGGAUGCCAUGUCUAAGGCCUUAUAUGCAAGGCUGUUCAGCUGGAUGGUGAAUCGCAUCAACAUACUCCUGCAGCCGGAUAAAAACAUAUGUAGAGUGGAGGACAGGAUGAAUGUGGGCAUCUUGGACAUUUUUGGCUUUGAGGAUUUUCAGAGGAAUUCCUUUGAACAGCUCUGUAUAAAUAUUGCCAACGAACAGAUCCAGUACUAUUUCAAUCAGCACGUGUUUGCUCUUGAGCAGAUGGAGUACCAGAAUGAAGGCAUUGAUGCUGUCCUUGUGCAAUACGAAGACAAUCGCCCGCUCCUGGACAUGUUCCUCCAAAAACCCUUGGGCCUUCUUGCACUUUUGGAUGAGGAAAGUCGAUUUCCCCAAGCAACAGACCAGACCUUGGUUGAUAAAUUUGAAGAUAACCUACGGUGCAAGUUCUUCUGGAGGCCCAAAGGAGUAGAGCUCUGUUUUGGCAUUCAACACUAUGCUGGACCGGUAUUAUAUGAUGCUUCUGGGGUUCUUGAGAAAAACAGAGACACUCUCCCUGCUGACGUGGUUGUAGUCCUGAGGACGUCUGAGAACAAACUUCUUCAGCAACUGUUCUCAAUCCCCUUGACCAAAACAGGUAAUUUGGCCCAAACAAGAGCUAGGGUCACAGCAUCUUCAAGAUCUUUGCCUCCACAUUUCAGUGCUGGGAGAACCAAGGUAGACACCCUGGAGAUGAUUCGUCAUCCAGAAGAAACCACCAACAUGAAGAGACAAACCAUGGCUUCUUACUUCCGGUAUUCUCUGAUGGAUCUACUCUCCAAAAUGGUGGUUGGACAGCCUCACUUCGUACGAUGCAUUAAGCCUAAUGAUGACCGCAAGGCCCUGCAGUUUUCCCAAGACAGAGUUCUGGCCCAGCUUCGCUCCACAGGGAUCCUGGAGACAGUCAGCAUCCGCAGGCAGGGCUACUCCCACCGAAUCCUCUUUGAAGACUUUGUAAAAAGGUAUUAUUACUUGGCAUUCCAAGCACAUCAAACACCUCCCUCUAACAAAGAGAGCUGUGUCGCUAUCUUGGAAAAGUCCGGAUUAGAUCACUGGGCCCUGGGAAAAACAAAGGUUUUUCUCAAAUAUUACCAUGUGGAGCAAUUAAAUUUGCUUCUUCGAGAAGUCAUAGGCCGAGUGGUCAUGCUGCAGGCAUAUACCAAGGGCUGGCUCGGAGCCAGGAGAUACAAGCGAGCCAGACAGAAGAGGCAGAAGGCUGCCACAGCCAUCCAGUCAGCCUGGAGAGGAUAUGAUGCUCGGAGGAAAUUUAAGCAAAUCAGCCACAGAAGGAGUGAGUCUGCGGUUCAUACUCAAGCAGGUAAUUAA